CAACGCUGUAAAUGAAAGACGAGUUGUAAUGUGUUAACUACAAUAACUAUGUAUAUAUCUCUCAAAAAUCAUAACCACAGAAUACGACCAACAUCCUCUAACAUCAUCAUUUCACACAGAUAAUUUUUGCUUUAAAGUAUUCUUCAAAUACUAAAUAUUUCAUUGAAUGUUAAUCAGACAUCUUUCACAAGAAGGGAAUUUAUAUCUUAGGCCCUUAUGUUGACUGACGAUGCACAGUUUCAAGUUUAUAAGUGAUACAUUCUUAAGAGGGAGUACAUACAUUGUUGUAGAUUUACUCUGAGAAAUCAUUCUAUAUUGCCAUCAUGAAUUUUGAUGGUUACUAUGUUAUUUCUGGAAGCGAGACUGUAUGUUCUUUAGAGAAACAGCUGCAAGCCAGCAUUCUUGAGCUUAAAGAGGAAUUGGAAGAACAGAAUUUACUUAAAAGUCAAGAAUCCAGAAGAAUUAGUUCUGUGCCAUUUCCACAAGACCUUAAUUACUAUCGGAAAGAAAGGAAGAGAAUGAUGGAACGUACUUUGCAGGUUAGCUCUGCUAAAAAAUUGGCUAAUGUCGCUGAUGUACUACAGGAAACUUUGGUUAUUGCUGGAAAGUUUGAAUACACAACAGAAAGUCUGCCUCUUCUUAUUCAUCAAUAUUUCACAGACCGUAUCUACCAACUGGUACAAGCAAAACACCAACAUUUAAUGCGCUGGAAACGUUUCUGUCAAACCACUGAAGACAUUGAAAACUCCUAUCCUGAAUACACAGAGACAAUGAAAUAUUUAUUUCAGGAAUACUAUGACUGUGUAGUGAGGGCUCAGCGUUUAUCUGCUACUAAGCAGGCCACUUCAAAACCCAGUGCAUCUACAAUCUUAUUACAAACAGAUGACUUGCUCAUUUAUCUUCGCUGGCUUAUAUAUUAUUUGCAUUCUACCAAAAAGUUUCACCAGUUUUUGACAUUGAUUAAGUGGUUACCUUUAAUCCAUAUUGAUAAAUUUAUGUUUACAGAUGAAGAUGAAUGCAUGGAAACAGACAGUAUAGAAAGUACUGUUCGAAAAUUGAGUUAUCGAUAUGAUGAAGUGAAGUUUAAAGAGAAUAUUUCAACUACUUCUUAUGAUAAUUUUAUUAAAUACCUUAGUGAACCAUCAAAAACUCCAAUUCCAGAAAGACAACAAUUGUCAAGUCUCUCUCUGCCAAGUUCAUUUAUCGCCAAAGUUUAUGGAUUCUUGAAUGGAGGCCGUGCAUCUAAUCAUUUAAAUCUUGGUAUGCCAAUACACACUUUAAAGCUUGAUGAUUUUAAGGGCAACUUGUUACUAUUCAUGGAUAUCUACAAAAUUCCUCGUAAUAUUGCUAGUGGUCCAAUUAUUGAUGAAAUUAAUAUAUAUUCUGAGUCACUCAAGAAAUUCAAAACUUACUUUAACCAACAAGAAACAACAAGAACUUUCAAAACAUAUGACUCUUCUGAGGCAGUCCAAGAAAAGUGGGGUUCAGAGAAGCACAAACUUCUAAAGAAACCUGCCAACUGGCUUCCAUUUGUAAAAUUAAUACCAAGCAAAAAUAUAGAGCAAGAGAAGAAGUGGACAGAACUGAGGCAGAAAAAACAAAUUGAUGUGUUAUUAUUGCAACAGUCUAGUCUACUGAAGUUAACAGACCCUGAUAAAGUCAUAGUUACUUUGAAAAACCAUGUAUCAAUUGCAAAUGGGGAUAACAUGAAAGGUGAAGUAGCUUCUUCAAGUUUUAAACAGUUCCAGAAGACGGAAAAACUAUGGAAGAAGAUAUAUUCAAACCCAGAAAUCUUCGUUUUGAAUCAGUCUGAAUUAGCAGGUGAGCAAGAGAAUGAAAAAUCAACCAAAAUGCCAACAUUCCGUGCAAGCACCUAUGAUUAUUUCUCAGCAUUGAGGAUGUUAGGUUUGGAGGAAAAUUCUCAUGACGAAGGAUAUUGUCCCUCAAAAAAUAGUAGUUAUUCAGCAUAUCUAUUGCUUCGACAUCUACGCAUUAGAGAUUUGCAAAUAUCGUGUUUAUAUACUCUUAACUACCUGAGAUCUAUACAACGAACUCUAACUAUCACUGAUGCAGGAUUGACUUUAAAACAGGGGAAACUGACAAAAAGCUGUGCACAGAAUCAUCGGAUUUCGACAACAGGAGAUGGAACAAUGGGAGGUGGGGGAGGACUUGGUAGCCAUGAUUAUUUCCACAACACAUCUGCUGAUUUUAAGAUUUCAGAGACAGAUUUUAUUGAAUACUCUGAAAUUGAAAACCAUGAUGAUUUUUAUGAAAUUGAAGGAGAGAGAAUAUAUAUUCGAGAUCAACAAGGCCUCUAUAUCAUUUACGAUGAAGCUAUUAAUGAUUUUAAGCAACUGGAAGAAGAUCUAUUGCUUUUGGCUUCUUUCUACAUUGAGAAUGAUAAAAGCAUCAGAAGCCAAUUUGUUGACGGCAAGAAAUAUUCUAAUACUGAUAGUGACACGUUGAUACCAGAAAAUUUUGAUAUUCCUCAAUAUGCUCUUAUGCAUAUUGACAGAUUUGGAAUUCUCCUGGAUUUAUGGACUCAAGAAGCUGCCUUUCAAAAUUGUAAACGAAAUUUGAUUAGGUGUUAUUUUGAAGCCUACUGCAAUGUCUUUGAUCGAGAUGAGAAGCGACUUCUUGCUCAGACAAUUACCAAUAUUAUGUUUCAAAGACCACGUUACAUGUUUAAACGAUGUGACUAUUUCAUCCAAAUUUACUACUCUGAGUGUGUAAAUCUUCAGCUCCAUAUAGAUCUUGUUCAAGCAAUUCUUAACCAGCAAAUUGAAGAUGAUAGAGAAUAUAUUCAAAAAUGUUGUCGAACACGAUCAAAUGGCAUGCCACAUCCUAUUAAUGAACAAACAUUAAUUAAAAUUCACACCAACAAGUCUGCUCUUCUUCCUCUGUAUUUGCUAGAAUUUCAUCCAUUUCUUGCUUUAGCUGCUCAGAUUCCAAGAACCCUGAACUAUUUAAUGCAAGAACUUUGUUACAAGAUCAUGCCCAACAACAAUGGAAAGCUAAUAGCUGUGGAAAAACUGAUGUUGGAAAUAGCCUUAUCAGAAUGGAAUUCUAUGCAGAAAAUAGGGCUUUCAUACCGUCAUCAAGACCAGAAACAUGUAUUCUUUGAUAGUUAUAUUGAAGACCCUCUGUUGAUGAGUGAGUUAGUGUGCAAAAAUAUUGCUGCAACUGAACAGACUGAAAAAAGCCAUGCAGACAAACAAAUUGACAGCAUCGAUGAAAUAAGACACAUGCUUGAGUUGGUACAUCUUAGAAGUCGCCUAAUUGACAGUUGUUGGGAAGCAUCAGUUAUUUCAAAAUUGUACACAAGCCAGGCUGAAGCACUAGGUCUUGAUGAAUGCCAUUUACAUAUGCGCAGUAUUUAUUUUGACCAAGCUAGUUACAAAGAAGAUGCUGGUAGACCCCCACCCGGUUAUCUUCAUGCUUCUAUUGAUGAUUCAGUUGACAGAUAUCUUCCCAAAGUUUUGAAUCUAGCUAUUUUAGAUUAUGACAAUAUAAAACCUGCUGAAUUCAGUUUCUCAUCUAAUUAUUCCAUUUGUCAGCUACUAACUACUGAAGGAUUAAAGAAAAUGCAGCUGGUUUUAAAGUGUCAGCUUUGUCAUCAGAAUGCUAUGAUUGCUUCGAUUCUGCAAGUUUCCAAUUGUAACAAUUUAUCUUCCAUUCAGGAAAUUGAUCAAAAGAAUCAAGUGCAACCCAAUGAGAAGACUUGUAAAUUGAGUGAAUCCAAAGCUAGUGUUACUCCUCAGAAAACUGUCUUUUCUGAAUCAUUUGUCUCUGUCCAGUUUAUCAAGACUGCAUUUCGAGACAUUAUGCUGAAUAAGUAUACCAAGAAAAUAGAAUCAACGCCUCAUUUCAGUGGAUCAAGGGAAUAUAAUAAAUUUAAACAUGAUCUUAUAUCUGAAGCAUGCAAUUCUACAGCAACAAACAUAUCACAGUAUUUACUGAGAAGUCAAAUUAUUGGAAUCUAUAAAUAUAUCUCGCAGGCAUUGGAAGACUUUUCACCAAUAAGGAAUACUUUCUUCACAGUUGGUAUUUUCAUAGUUGCUGAUAACCCAGCUGAUUCAUAUAUAGAUCGGAGGAAAAGUGAACUGAGCAUAGACGCCGAUUUUAAAGUCAUGUCUCCAGAUGGGCAAGAGGUGCUCAAUAUAUGGUAUUUACCUCACUGCACUGAAAUACUAACGAUGUUCAGUAUGUUGAGUGAUAAAGACUGCAUCGAAGCUUUAACUUACCUUCUACAGAUUGUCUCAGCUCUGCAUGAUAUUUUACAAUAUCUAAUUGGACACUACCGACUUGGAAAUCGAAGAUCCUUAAUAUUUGCCGCACAAAAUGCUGAUGCCUCAGCAACAUGGGGUGGAUUAGAAGGAAUAAAAACUGAGUUAAAAGAAAUCAUGACACAAGUACAGUCGCUGUCCUGUCCCACAGAUCCAAAACAAGUUGUUGAACUUCUAACUGCACGGCAAGAAGUAGCAUAUUUAGAAUUUGAUAUAGCAGUACGCUAUUCUUUGGUGGAAACUUUCCUACUUUCGGGAAACAGAGUAGCUUUUGAGGCUGUAAAUAUGAACCAUGGUUUAACCGUUUUAAGCAAUGUACCACAAGAGAGUGUAUUCAACACUUACUUAAGAGUACCAGAACCAUUAGAAGCUUAUGACAGUUUAGCAGUGUCACUUUACCCUUGGCGAAGUUUCCUUGGUCGAAAUGGGCCUUUUCCAGGAAUGCUUCCUUGCUGGUAUCACGUAAGUCAAAAUAUGCAGCUGUGUGUGGCUAGCUUAAAAGAAUUAGACAAGCUUGCUGCAAAUGGAGAAAUUUCAGGAGUGAGUCUUCAGUUGGAAGAUAUUAUUCUGUCAGAGUUUCCUGGAUUCAGGCAAUUUACAUCAAACUUAGAACCUACCUGGAAAACAAAAGUUACUAAUUCCCUUUAUAGGAAUAUUCUUGCAAAGGAAACAAAUUUACCAAGUCCUAGUGCUAACAAUUUUGUUGUACCAUUUGCUGAUUUUCCACUACAAGGUAUAGAAGAAGACUCAUCAGAAGAAGACUCAACAGUAGAAGUGAACGUAGAACCAACUGAUAUUUAUCUGGUUUUAAGAUGUUACCUAAUACUCUGGAAACAACUUGAAGUUUUAAAGAAGUGCUGGAAAAAUAAUGUUCUUUGUUUAUCUUCAGGGAACCCUGUGACAGAUUAUCAAGAAUUUUGUAAAAUAUAUCGGAAAAAAAUCCUCUUCCCAGUUCUUCAGAAUUUAGACCAGAAGAAGUAUAGCAGAACAUCAGUUGUAGGAUUUGCAAAUGUUGUGGACCCUUUAGUCACUCCACCAUCAGUUUCUGACUUUGAUGUAAAAGGCAACCAACUUGUGAAACUGUUAGAAAGCUUUGAGUGUCACAUGAUCAAAAAAGCCAUCAAAGAAAUAAAUAAGGAUCUUUCCUUAGCCAUUGCUGAGCGAGCCCGUGAAGAAAUUGUACUACCUACUGAUUUAUGGAGAAAACGUAAAACAAAAGGCAUUGUCCAGUUGCACUGUCCCAAUAUAAUGAGUAAUUUUAGGGCCCUGUUGCUGUCCAAACCAGAAUCUGUUACAUCUACAACUAUGACAUUUUCUCACACUCACCUCAAUGCAGCUUUACAAGAUCUUGCACAAAGUGUAGUUGCAAGAGAGAAAUUAGCAUAUGAAAGUUACACCAAUUAUUAUGAAAAUAUGAUGAAAAGCUUUCGUAAUCAGCUUUAUCAAAAGGAGCAGGAAAUCCGAAAACUGCAAGAUGAUCUUGAAGUCUUAGAAAGCAAUCUAUCUAAUGAAGUUGAGUUUCAGUUGGCAGAUAAAGUAUUCAAUCUACUCAUGGAAAUAACAGCUGUUCACUCGAAGAUAUCUAGAAUUUAUAUGAGCAAUAAACAAAGAAAUAAAGAGAUUCGGAAUGAAGUGAAACGUGAAUACAGCAAACUUAUUGAAGAUUUUUUUGCAGCCUCUAUUCAACUCAGAGAGAAGUUUGAUAUAUUCAGAAAUGACCUGACUGAUGAAGUAUUGGAGAUAAUUACCACAACUCGCAAACAUGUUAUUGAAGAAAUGGAAGAACUUAAACUUAAAUAUCACCUUCCAGAAGGUGAAUCUGACUUGCACAAGAAAUUGCAAGACGCAGAAGAAAUACAUGAACUUCAGACUGAAAAUAACCAACUCAACUUGUUAAUUUUGAAACUAAGGGCAAUCAACAUCUGGAAUCGAAACUUUAAUCAAGCUAAUUAUAUGAGGGCAAUAAAUUCCCUAAUCAAAGAAGUGGAAAGCCUAAAGAAAACAAACGUUGAAUUAAAGCUAAUAACAUCUGAAGAAUCAAGAAUAUUAAAACAACAAUUAGUUGUCCUCAGGAAAGAAUUAUCCAUUUUAGUCCAAGAAUGUUCUUCAGUCAAAAAUCAACUCAAUGCAGAGCUAAAUGAAAAGGAAGAGAAUAUGUACACGUUACAACAGAACAAUCAGUUCAAGCACCAUAUAGAACUAUUCAAGCAGGAACAGAUAGAUAACUUGGAACAGGAGUUAAAAAAGAAAAAUAAUGAGCUGAAACUUCUCGGUGAAAGUUAUAACCGUGUUGUCAACUGGACUGAAGGAAGUAGUCAAGUAUCUCAAAAAAGCCUAAGCAAUAUAAAGAAAUCACUUAGACAGGAGAGGACACUGAAGAAAAUGGCAUUUCAAAAAGUUGAUAUGUUACGCACCUUGGUUGAAAACCAAGCCUGGAGAAUUGCUACACCUAUUCAACAGAGAUCUGAACCUGUCACACCUUCGUAUGGUUACAGAUCAUUGCUAUCUAAACCAGCUAACUUGCGAAAUGUUGACGCGUCAUGGGCAAAGAAGCGUAAUCUUUCAAUUGAUGUUUAUGACAACCAAGUGUGUGAUCACAAGAAGUUAACACAAAGACCAAAGACUGUAUGUGGACGUUUUUCAUCCAGUGCUCUAGGCCAGAGUACUCAAGAAGAUAUUUAUGAACUCUCAGAGAUUAUUGAUUCUGAUGUUUAACAAUGCUAUUUAUAUUAUCCUUAUUUUUCAUUGAUAGCUGUAGCAAAUAUCUAUCUUAUUUGCAUGUUUCAAUGGAUCUGAAAUAUUACUUGACUUCUUAAAAUAGGAUAGAACAUGAAAUAAAGUUAAUAAUAGUUAAAUGCAUAGAUUAUCUUAGAAAAUAAAAGUUAAAUAUCUAGGUUAUCUUACAGAAAAAAACAUUGUCUGAAAUCAACAUCGUAUAAUUUUAAACAAACAUUGAAUACUAUUUUAAAAUUACUUGAAUGAGUUUUCUAUCCUUUUAAAUUAAUUUCCAUUUUGAUAGGAUUUCAUUUUAUUAGUUUUGAAGCCUAACAAUAGCUUUUAUUCAUUUAGAUUUUAUUUUUCAGUUUCUAUAAGUUAUCACUUUUUGCUCUUAUCUCUAGUUUCUUCUUAUCUAUUUCCAAAGCAUGUUCUUCAAUAACUUUUAGCAACAAUUUCCUGGUUAUUUAUGUCAUUAAUAGAUUUACCUUCAUCACUUGCCACCAAUUUCAUUGACAUCUUCCUGCCUUACUGUAAAUACAAUUAUAUUUGCUAACACUUUCAUAACUGACAGUUACUAAUGGUAUGUCUACCAUCCUUAAACUGACUGUUGUUAGUAAAGAGUGUUAAUAAGCUAAACUGCAAGCAAAUUAUUAUCAAUGAUAAUGAAAUAAAUUUUAAUGAAAAUUCAUUAGUAACUGUCAGUUAUGAAAGUGUUAGCAAAUAUAAUUGUAUUUACAGUAAGGCAGGAAGAUGUCAAUGAAAUUGGUGGCAAGUGAUGAAGGUAAAUCUAUUAAUGACAUUAAUAACCAGGAAAUAGUUGCUAAAAAUUAUUGAAGAAGGUGCUUUGGAAAUAGCUAAGAAGUAAGAAACUAAAAAUAAAAGUAAAAGGUGAUAACUUAUAGAAACUGAAAAAUAAAAUCUAAAUGAAUAAAAGCUAUUGUUAAGCUUCAAAACUGAUAAUGGAAAUUAUUUUAAAGGAUAGAAAACUCAUUCAAGUAAUUUUAAAAUACUAUUUAAUGUUUGUUUAAAAUUACACACUGUUGAUUUAAAAUAGGAUAGGUCAUGAAAUAGAGUUAAUGAUACUUGAAGUAGAUGCUUUUAUGUUAUCUAAUACUGUGACUCAGUUUACAAAUUUUGUCCAUCCCUGGAAUAUAUGAAAUAAGUACCAGCAAUAUACUAUGGUGGAAAUCCUCAAGUGUAAUGUAGAAGGGUCCUUAUGAUUAGUCAAAAUAAUCACUAUAAUUUGAGGAGCUGAUGAUGUUACUAUAUGUUUUGUAGCAGCAACUUCACAGCUGGCCAUUCAUAUAUAAUUUCAACAUGCAAGAAAUCAUAUCACUUUUGGACCAUUUACACUAAUAUUCUACUAGAAACUAGUGCAAUGAAAUACUCCUAAAUACCUUAGAAAAACUAUAUCAGUUCUUUGCUCACACAAACUAUACUAGUUAUUGGAAACAUGUAUAAAUAUAAAAUCUUUAUUCUUAAAUUGAUGCUUCUAUUUUAAAUUCAUAAAAUUAAAUAAAACAUUUCCUAAUGUUUAAUCUAAGAUUGAAUGAAGAAUACAUUAAUUGGAUGGAAACUCAAAAAGACUUAUUUGGCACUUCAUUAGGUGUAUACUCAUUUUUGCUUGUGUGUCAUUCAGGUCAUUUGAGUUUGCCUCUUUAUUUUAAUAAAAUUAUUUCCAGUAAAACCA